GGCAAGCGGCGGCGCGAGCCGAGCUGGGAGAUGGCGGCGGCGGCGGCGCCAAGCGUGUGAGCAGCAGCCCGGGAGCCGCCGGCCCGGGCCCAGCACGACCCCGACCCCGCCCGCCCGCCAGCCAUGGGCAACGAGGCCAGCCUGGAGGGCGGCGCUGGCGACGGGCCACUGCCGCCCGGAGGCACCGGCCCUGGCCCGGGCCCCGGCGCAGGGAAGCCGCCUUCAGCACCUGCCGGCGGCGGACAGCUCCCCGCCGCAGGCGCGGCGAGGGCGACAGCGGGACCACCCGGCCCAGGUUCCGGCCCCGGCCCUGGCCCCGGCCCGGGUCCUGGCCCUGGUCCCGGUCCCGGCAGCGUUUCCAGGAGACUGGACCCCAAGGAGCCCCCGGGUAGCCAGAGAGCAGCUUCCCCAACCCCGAAGCAGGCUUCUGCUACUGCUCCCGGCCGCGAGAGCCCCCGGGAGACAAGGGCACAGGGCCCAGCAGGCCAGGAGGCUGAUGGCCCCCGCAGGACGCUGCAGGUAGACAGCAGGACGCAGAGAUCAGGGCGGUCCCCCUCUGUGUCACCGGACAGAGGUAGCACCCCCACAUCACCCUACUCCGUCCCCCAGAUCGCCCCCCUUCCCAGCAGCACGCUGUGUCCCAUAUGUAAGACCUCGGACCUCACGUCGACCCCCAGCCAGCCAAACUUCAACACCUGCACCCAGUGUCACAGCAAGGUCUGCAACCAGUGUGGGUUCAACCCCAACCCUCACCUCACCCAGGUGAAGGAGUGGCUCUGUCUGAACUGCCAGAUGCAGCGGGCUCUGGGGAUGGACAUGACCACGGCGCCUCGCUCCAAGAGCCAGCAGCAGCUGCACUCCCCAGCCCUCUCUCCUGCCCAGUCCCCAGCCAAACAGCCCCUGGGGAAGCCAGAGCAAGAGAGAUCGCAGGGCCCAGGGGGACCACAGCCUGGCCCCCGCCAGGCUGAGACAGCCAGGGCCACCUCAGUGCCGGGGCCUGCCCAAGCAGCUGCCCCUCCGGAGGUGGGGAGGGCGUCUCCUCAGCCCCCUCUUCCUGUCAAGCCUUCAACAGCAGAGCCCAGGCCACCGGCAGGAGAGGCCCUGGCCAAAAGUGCCACCACAGUACCCUCGGGGCCUGGUGCUGCUGAGCAGACCCAGGAGGGCCUCACUGGGAAGCUCUUUGGCCUCGGCGCGUCCCUGCUGACCCAGGCAAGUACCCUCAUGUCUGUGCAGCCUGAGGCUGAACCCCAGGGCCAGGCUGCCCCCAGCAAAGGGCCACCCAAGAUCGUCUUCAGUGAUGCCAGCAAGGAGGCUGGCCCGAGACCCCCAGGCUCAGGGCCUGGGCCUGGGCCAGCACCUGGAGCCAAAACUGAGCCUGGAGCUAGAACAGGUCCUGGGCCAGGGCCUGCAGCCCUGGCAAGAACUGGGGGAACAACCAGUCCAAAGCAUGGCAGAGCGGAACACCAGGCGGCCACCAAGGCUACUGCCAAGCCAAAGACCACGCCGAAGGAAAGGGCCACCUGCCCACUGUGCCAAGCUGAGCUCAACGUGGGCAGCAAGGGCCCAGCCAACUACAACACCUGUACCACCUGCAAGCUCCAGGUGUGCAACCUGUGUGGCUUCAACCCAACGCCCCACCUGGUAGAGAAAACCGAGUGGCUCUGUCUGAACUGCCAAACUAAGCGGCUGCUGGAGGGCAGCCUGGGGGAGCCGACCCCCCUGCCGCUGCCCGCCUCCCAACAGCCCCCCGCAGGGGCCCCUCUCCGGGCGACGGGAGCAGCCCCUCCGAAGCAGAAAGGACCACAAGGACCAGGCCAGCCAUCAGGCCCCCUGCCUGCCAAGGCCAGUCCCCUGUCCACCAAGGCCAGCCCCCAGGCCAAGCCCGUCAGGGCUUCUGAACCCGGCAAGACCCUGAGCAGUGCCCAGGAAAAGAAGACAGGAAUCCCAGCUAAAGCCGAGCCUGGGCCGAAACCCCCUUCAGAGACUACCGUGCCCCCUGGGACUCCCAAAGGAAAGACGGUGCCCCGGAGGACUGAACCUGCCACCCCUGUUGUCAAGGCCGUUCCAGAAGCCCCCAAGGCUGGGGAGUCAGAGGAGCUGGCGGGCAAGCCGUACUCUCAGGACCUGUCUCGGAGCCCACAGAGCCUCAGCGACACAGGCUACUCCUCGGAUGGCGUCUCCAGCUCCCAGAGCGAGAUCACAGGUGUCGUACAGCAGGAGGUGGAGCAGCUGGACAGCGCAGGGGUGACGGGGCCUCGCCCGCCCAGCCCCUCCGAGCUCCACAAGGUGGGCAGCAGCAUGCGGCCCUCACUGGAGGCCCAGGGCCCAGCACCCCGGGCCGAGCCGAGCAAGCCGCCCAGGAGCAGUGGUGGUGAGCAGAAGCGGAGGCCCCACUCCUUGUCCAUCAUGCCGGAGGCCUAUGACUCGGAUGAAGAGCUGGAGGAAAUCCUGGAGGAGGAGGAGGAAGACUCCCUGGAGUGGGGGCCCCAGAGGGAGCAGCCGGACACAGCCGAGUCCUCGGACGACUUUGGCAGCCAGCUGAGACACGACUACGUGGAGGACAGCAGUGAGGGUGGCUUGUCCCCUCUCCCACCCCAGCCCCCAGCCCGGGCAGCAGAGCUGACUGACGAGGAGUUCAUGCGACGGCAGAUCCUGGAGAUGAGCGCGGAGGAAGACAACCUGGAGGAGGAAGACUCCGCCCCCUCUGGGCGUGGCCCGGCCAAACACACCGCCCAGAAGGGCGGCCCCAGGCCGCGGCCCGAGCCCAGCCAAGACCAGGGGGCUCCACCGAAGAGGCGGCUGCCGCACAACGCCACGACGGGCUACGAGGAGCUGCUCUCUGAGGAAGGCCCAGCGGAGGCCGGGGAUGGCACUGCGGCUCUGCAGGGUGGGCUCCGCCGCUUCAAGACCAUCGAGCUCAACAGCACGGGCAGCUACGCCCACGAGCUGGACCUGGGCCAGGGCCCCGACCCUGGCUUGGAGCGGGAGCCCGAGCUGGAGAUGGAGAGCCUGACGGGCUCGCCCGAGGACCGCUCCCGCGGGGAGCACUCCUCCACGCUGCCGGCCUCCACGCCCAGCUACACUUCGGGCACCUCUCCCACCUCCCUGUCCUCGCUGGAGGAGGACAGCGACAGCAGCCCCAGCCGCCGGCAGCGGCUGGAGGAAGCCAAGCAGCAGCGCAAGGCCCGGCAUCGCUCCCACGGGCCCCUGCUGCCCACCAUCGAGGACUCCUCGGAGGAGGAGGAGCUGCGGGAGGAGGAGGAGCUCCUGCGGGAGCAGGAGAAGAUGCGGGAGGUGGAGCAGCAGCGCAUCCGCAGCACGGCCCGAAAGACCCGGCGGGACAAGGAGGAGCUGCGGGCCCAGCGGCGGCGUGAGCGCUCCAAGACUCCCCCGAGCAACCUGUCCCCCAUCGAGGACGCCUCCCCGACGGAGGAGCUGAGGCAGGCGGCGGAGAUGGAGGAGCUCCAUCGCUCCUCCUGCUCCGAGUACUCGCCCUCCCCCUCCCUCGACUCAGAGGCCGAAGCCCUGGACGGCGGCCCCACCCGGCUCUACAAGUCGGGCAGCGAGUACAACCUGCCCACCUUCAUGUCCCUCUACUCGCCAACGGAGGCGCCCGCAGGCAGCUCGGCCCCUCCCAGCUCUGGCCGGCCCCUCAAGAGCGCAGAAGAGGCCUACGAGGAGAUGAUGCGCAAGGCGGAGCUGCUCCAGAGACAACAGGGGCAGGUGGCAGGCGGCCCCUCCCAGCCUGGCGGCCCGCGGAGCCAGGGCACCUUUGAGUACCAGGACACCCCUGACCAAGACUAUGGCCGCGCGGCACAGCCUGCCUCGGAGGGCCCCGCGGCCAGCCUGGGGGCAGCCGUGUACGAGGAGAUCCUGCAGACAUCGCAGAGCAUUGCCCGCAUGCGGCAGGCCUCCUCCCGGGACCUGGCCUUUGCAGAGGACAAGAAGAAGGAGAAGCAGUUUCUGAAUGCCGAGAGCGCAUACAUGGACCCGAUGAAGCAAAAUGGUGGGCCGCUCACCCCUGGCACCAGCCCCACCCAGCUCGCGGCCCCUGUGUCCUUCUCCGGCUCCACCUCCUCAGACAGUGGUGGUGGCCGAGUCAUUCCUGAUGUCCGUGUGACUCAGCAUUUUGCAAAGGAGCCUCAGGACCCCCUUAAGCUUCACAGCUCCCCUGCGUCCCCCAGCUCUGCCUCUAAGGAGGUAGGCGUGUCCUUCUCCCAGGGCCCUGGAGCCCCAGCCACCUCGGCCAUGGCUCCUUGUCUAGCUGGCCUGCCACGAGGUUAUAUGACUCCCACCUCCCCAGCAGGCUCUGAGCGCAGUCCUUCACCAUCUUCUGUAGGCCACAGCUAUGGACAGAGCCCAACCACUGCCAACUACGGGUCCCAAACUGAGGAGCUACCCCAGGCCCUCAGCGGCCCCACCAUCAGUGGACGGGCUGUCAGAGACAAGUCCCUGAGUGUGAGUGAUGGGGAGGGCGGCCCCCACAAGGCCUCCCGGGGGUAUUCCUACUUCACCGGCUCCAGCCCACCUCUCUCUCCAUCUUCUCCCUCAGAGAGUCCCACAUUCUCCCCUGGCAAGCUGGGGCCAAGGGCCACAGCCGAGUUCUCUACACAGACGCCAAGCCCGACCCCCGCCUCAGACAUGCCUCGGACCCCUGGGGCCCCAAGUCCGGCACCCAUGGUGGCUCAGGGCACACAAACGCCACACCGACCCAGCACCCCUCACCUGGUCUGGCAGCAGUCCUCUCAGGAGGCCCCCGUUAUGGUCAUCACUCUGGCAUCAGAUGCCUCCAGCCAGACCAGGAUGGUGCAUGCCAGUGCCUCCACCUCCCCAGUCUGUUCACCCACUGACACCCAGCCCACCGCCCACAGCUACAGCCAGACGACACCUCCAAGUGCGUCCCAGCAGCCCCCAGAGCCACCUGGGCCACCCGGCUUCCCACGGGCACCCAGUGCUGGUACGGAGGGGCCCUUGGCAGUAUAUGGCUGGGGUGCCCUCCCUGCUGAGAACAUCUCCUUGUGCCGGAUCUCGUCUGUCCCCGGGACGUCUAGGGUGGAGCCAGGCCCCCGGCCUCCGGGCAGUGCUGUGGUAGAUCUCCGCACAGCUGUCAAGCCCACGCCCAUCAUCCUUACUGACCAGGGCAUGGACCUGACCUCUCUUGCCGUGGAAGCAAGGAAGUAUGGGCUUGCCUUGGAUCCAAUCCCAGGACGGCAAUCAACUGCCGUGCAGCCUUUGGUCAUCAACCUCAACGCUCAGGAGCAGACCCAUGCCUUCCUCAGCACCUCCACCACCGUGAGCAUCACCAUGGCCUCAUCUGUGCUCAUGGCUCAGCAAAAGCAGCCUGUGGUCUAUGGAGACCCCUUUCAGAGCCGGCUUGACUUUGGCCAGGGUGCGGGCAGCCCCGUAUGUCUGGCCCAGGUCAAGCAGGUAGAACAGGCUGUCCAGACGGCCCCAUACCGAGGCGGGCCCCGUGGAAGACCUAGGGAGGCCAAGUUUGCCAGGUAUAACCUGCCCAACCAGGUAGCACCUCUGGCCAGAAGGGACGUUUUAAUCACUCAGAUGGGCACUGCCCAGAGUGUUGGCCUCAAGUCAGGUCCCAUGCCAGAGCCUGGCACUGACCCCCACCGGGCUGCCCCCGCAGAGCUGCGGUCACACGCUCUGCCCGGUGCCAGGAAGCCGCACACAGUGGUGGUGCAGAUGGGAGAGGGUGCGGCAGGCACUGUGACCACACUGCUCCCCGAGGAGCCUGCAGGUGCCCUGGACCUGACUGGGAUGAGGCCUGAGAGCCAGAUGGCAUGCUGUGACAUGGUCUACAAGUUCCCCUUUGGCAGUAGCUGCACAGGCACCUUCCACCCCACCCCCAGUGCCCCUGAGAAGAGUGUGGCUGACAUCGCCCCACCUGGCCAGAGCAGCGGCCCCUUCUACAGUCCCCGGGACCCAGAGCCUCCUGAGCCCCCCACCUACCGGGCACAGGGGGUAGCGGGGCCUGGGCCCCAUGAGGAGCAGAGGCCCUACCCACAGGGCCUCCACGGCAGGCUCUACUCCUCCAUGUCUGACACCAAUCUGGCUGAGGCGGGCCUCAACUACCAUGCACACAGAAUGGGGCAGCUCUUCCCAGGCCCCGGACGAGACUCCGCUGUGGACCUCAGCUCGCUGAAGCAUUCCUACAGCCUGGGCUUUGUGGAUGGACGCUACCUGGGGCAGGGCUUGCAGUACGGCUCGUACACAGACCUGCGUCAUCCCACAGAUGUUCUGACUCACCCACUUCCUAUGCGCCGCUACAGUUCGGUGUCGAACAUCUACUCAGACCACAGGUAUGGCCCGCGGGGAGAUGCCGCUGGCUUCCAGGAGGCUAGCCUGGCCCAGUACAGUGCCACCACUGCCCGCGAGAUCAGCCGCAUGUGUGCGGCCCUCAACUCCAUGGACCAGUAUGGAGGGCGGCAUGGCGGUGGUGGCGGCGGUGGCCCUGACCUCAUGCAGUAUCAGCCCCAGCCCGGGCCUGGGCUCAGCGCCCCGCAGGGUCUGGCUCCCCUCAGACCCGGCCUUCUUGGGAACCCCACCUUCCCGGAGGGCCACCCAAGUCCUGGGAGCCUGGCCCAGUAUCGGCCUGCGGUAGGCCAGGGAACGGCAGUCAGACAGCUGCUGCCGUCCACAGCCACCGUGCGUGCCGCCGACGGCAUGAUCUACUCAACUAUCAACACUCCAAUUGCUGCAACACUGCCCAUAACCACCCAGCCCGCCUCAGUCCUGCGGCCCAUGGUGCGCCGUGGCAUGUAUAGGCCUUACGUGUCUGGCGGAGUCACCGCUGUGCCGCUCACCAGCCUGACACGCAUGCCUGUGAUCGCCCCCCGGAUACCUCUUGGGCCCACCGGGGUGUACCGAUAUCCCGCACCAAGCAGAUUCCCUGCUGCUUCCAGUGUUCCACCUGCUGAGGGGCCUGUCUACCUGGGGAAACCCGCGGCUGCCAAGGCCCCAGGGGCUGGGGGCACACCCAGGCCAGAGCUUCCUGCAGGGGUGGCUCGGGAAGAGCCCCUUUCCACGGCCACCCCAGCCGCCGCCAAGGAGGCCCUUGCAGCCCCAGCCCCAGCUCCGGCCCCGCUGGCCACCCAGAAGCCACCUGGAGAUGCUGCUCUGGGGGGCGGCAUUGGGGCCCCCAGCCGGCCUGGGCUGGAGAAAGAGGACGCUGCGCAGGAAGAGCGGCAGCGGAAGCAGCAGGAGCAGCUACUCCAGCUGGAGCGCGAGCGCGUGGAGUUGGAGAAGCUGCGGCAGCUGCGGCUGCAGGAGGAGCUGGAGCGGGAGCGCGUGGAGCUGCAGCGGCACCGCGAGGAAGAGCAGCUGCUGGUGCAGCGGGAGCUGCAGGAGCUGCAGACCAUCAAGCACCACGUGCUGCAGCAGCAACAGGAGGAGCGGCAGGCUCAGUUUGCGCUGCAGCGGGAGCAGCUGGCCCAGCAGCGCCUGCAGCUGGAGCAGAUCCAGCAGCUGCAGCAGCAGCUGCAGCAGCAGCUAGAGGAGCAGAAGCAGCGGCAGAAGGCCCCCUUCCCCGUCGCCUGCGAGGCACCGGGCCGGGGGCCUCCCCCCGCGGCCCCGGAGCUGGCUCAGAAUGGCCAGUACUGGCCGCCUCUGAGCCACACAGCCUUCAUCGCCGUGGCAGGGCCAGAGGGGCCCGGGCUGCAUCGGGGCCUCCCCAGCUCCGCCUCGGACAUGUCGCUGCAGACUGAGGAGCCAUGGGAGGCGGGCCGCGGCGGCAUCAAGAAGCGGCACUCUAUGCCUCGCCUGCGGGAUGCCUGCGAGCAGGAGUCGGGCCCUGAGCCCUGCACGGUCAGGAGGAUCGCGGACAGCAGUGUGCAGACGGACGACGAGGAGGGGGAGGGCCGCUACCUCUUGACCCGGCGGCGCCGGGCGCGGCGGAGCGCCGACUGCAGCGUGCAGACGGACGAUGAGGACAGCGCUGAGUGGGAGCAGCCCGUGCGCCGCCGGCGGUCCCGACUUUCCCGCCACUCGGACUCAGGCUCGGACAGCAAGCAUGAUGCUGCUGCCUCGCCAUCCCCUGCGGCUGCCACCGCCAGGGCCAUGAGCAGCGUGGGCAUCCAGACCAUCAGUGACUGCUCCGUGCAGACGGAGCCCGACCAGCUGCCCAGGGUCUCUCCGGCCAUCCACAUCACGGCUGCGACCGACCCCAAGGUGGAGAUCGUACGGUACAUCUCGGCGCCGGAGAAGACUGGGCGCGGGGAGAGCCUGGCCUGCCAGACAGAGCCCGAGGGGCAGCCCCAGGGUGUGGCUGGGCCCCAGCUUGUAGGGCCGACCGCCAUCAGCCCCUACCUGCCCGGCAUCCAGAUCGUCGCCCCAGGGCCCCUGGGCAGAUUUGAAAAAAAGAAGCCGGAUCCCCUGGAGAUUGGCUACCAGGCCCAGCUGCCCCCAGAGUCCUUGUCACAGCUCGUGAGCCGCCAGCCUCCCAAGUCCCCCCAGGUCCUCUACUCACCGGUCUCACCCUUGUCCCCCCACCGGCUCCUGGACACCUCCUUUGCUUCCAGUGAGAGGCUGAACAAGGCUCACGUGAGUCCCCAGAAGCACUUCACGGCUGACAGUGCUCUCCGCCAGCAGACGCUGCCUCGCCCCAUGAAGACCCUGCAGCGGUCCUUGUCCGACCCUAAGCCCCUCAGCCCCACCGCCGAGGAGUCUGCCAAAGAGAGGUUCUCCCUCUACCAGCACCAGGGGGGACUGGGUAGCCAGGUGUCGGCGCUGCCACCCAACGGCCUGGUCCGCAAGGUGAAGCGGACACUGCCCAGCCCCCCUCCAGAGGAGGCUCACCUGCCCUUGGCUGGCCAGGCCCCCCCACAGCUGUAUGCAGCCAGCCUGCUGCAGCACGGGCUGGCGGGGCCCACCGCUGUCCCUGCCACCAAGGCCAGCCUGCUCCGGGAGCUGGACCGGGACCUGCGGCUGGUGGAGCAUGAGUCCACCAAGCUGCGCAAGAAGCAAGCAGAGCUGGAUGAGGAGGAGAAGGAGAUCGACGCCAAGCUCAAGUACCUGGAGCUGGGCAUCACGCAGCGGAAAGAGUCUCUGGCCAAAGACCGGGGUGGCCGUGACUACCCACCCUUGCGUGGGCUCGGCGAGCAUCGUGACUACUUGUCGGACAGCGAGCUCAACCAGCUGCGGCUCCAGGGCUGUGCCACUCCCGCCGGCCAGUAUGCAGACUUCCCUGUCACUGCCGCUGCUCCUGCCACCCCUUCUGGCCCCACUGCCUUCCAACAGCCCCGGUUCCCACCGGCCCCGCAGUAUCCUGCAGGCAGUGGUGGGCCAACUCAGAAUGGAUUCCCGGCCCACCAAGCACCCACCUACGCUGGCAGCACAUACCCAGCACCUGCUUUUCCUCCCGGCACCAGCUAUCCAGCUGAGCCUGGCCUGCCGGGCCAACAGCCUUUCCGUCCCACAGGCCAUUACACAGCCCAAACACCCAUGCCAACCACACAGAGCGCUCUUUUCUCGGUCCCCGCUGACAGCCGCGCCCCCCACCAGAAGCCACGCCAGACAUCACUAGCUGACUUGGAACAGAAGGUGCCCACUAACUAUGAGGUGAUCGCCAGCCCUGUCGUGGCCAUGUCUUCAGCCCCGUCUGAAACCAGCUAUAGCAGCCCAGCAGUCAGCAGCAGCUAUGAGCAAGGCAAAGCUGCUGAGCUGCCCCGGGCCGGUGACCGUAGCAGCGUAAGCCUGAGCUCAGCCUCCACCUACCCCGCUGACUCCCAUUACACCAGCCUGGAGCAGAAUGUCCCUCGGAACUACGUGAUGAUUGACGACAUCAGUGAGCUGACCAAGGACAGCACCUCCACUGCCCCUGAGAGCCAGCGACUGGAGCCCCUGGGGCCGAGCAGCGGCGGGCGUCCUGGGAAAGAGCCCGCAGAACCGGGCCUCCUGGAGGGGCCUGUCCUGCCCUGCUGCUACACCAGAGGAGAGGAAGAAUCCGAGGAGGACUCUUAUGACCCCCGUGGGAAGAGCAGCCACCACCGGAGUAUGGAGACCAAUGGCCGACCAACCAGCACCCACUACUAUGGUGACAGCGACUACAGACACGGGACUCGAGCGGAGAAGUAUGGUCCAGGCCCCAUGGGGCCCAAGCAUCCGUCCAAGAGCCUGGCACCAGCGGCCAUCUCCUCAAAGCGCAGCAAGCACCGGAAGCAGGGCAUGGAGCAAAAGAUCUCCAAGUUCUCCCCUAUCGAAGAGGCCAAGGACGUGGAGUCAGAUCUGGCCUCCUACCCCUCCCCUGCUGUCAGCAGCAGCCUGGCCUCUCGGGGCAGGAAGUUCCAGGACGAAAUCACCUACGGGCUCAAGAAGAACGUGUAUGAGCAGCAGAGGUACUAUGGGAUGUCCAGCCGGGACCCAGUGGAGGAGGAUGACCGCAUGUAUGGAGGGAGCAGCCGGUCCCGGGGGGCCUCUGCAUACAGUGGGGAGAAGCUGUCCAGCCAUGACUUCGGUGGCCGGGGCAAAGGAUAUGAGCGGGAACGGGAAGCAGUGGAACGACUCCAAAAAGCGGGCCCCAAGCCCUCAUCCCUGAGCAUGGCCCACGGCCGGGCCCGGCCUCCCAUGCGGAGCCAGACCUCUGAAGAGGAGAGCCCCGUCAGCCCCCUGGGGCGGCCCCGCCCUGCCGGCGGCACGCUUCCUCCUGGGGACAGCUGCCCACAGUUCUGCUCCAGCCACUCCAUGCCUGACGUCCAGGAGCACGUCAAGGACGGGCCUCGGGCCCACAUGUAUAAGCGUGAGGAGGGCUACAUCCUGGACGACUCGCACUGCGUAGUUUCCGACAGCGAAGCGUAUCACCUGGGCCAGGAGGAGACAGACUGGUUUGAUAAGCCCCGGGAUGCCCGCUCUGACCGGUUCAGGCACCACGGGGGCCAUGCAGUCUCCUCCUCCCAGAAGCGAGGCCCUGCCAGGCACAGCUACCACGACUACGAUGAGCCCCCCGAGGAGGGCCUGUGGCCACAUGAUGAGGGUGGCCCGAGCCGCCACGCCUCAGCCAAGGAACACCGGCACCACGGUGACCACGGGCGGCACUCAGGCCGCCACGCUGGCGAGGAGCCGGGCCGGCGUGCUGCCAAACCACACACUCGGGACCUGGGUCGCCACGAGGCCCGGCCUCACCCUCAGCCCGGCCCUGGCCCGGCCAUGCAGAAGAAGGGUCAGCCUGGGUACCCCAGCUCCGCUGAAUACUCCCAGCCAUCCCGUGCUCCGUCAGCAUACCAUCAUGCCUCUGACAGCAAGAAGGGCUCCCGACAGGCCCACUCGGGGCCCACUGCACCACAGCCAAAGCCAGAACCCCAGCCACAGCCACAAGGUCGGCAGGCAGCUCCCGGGCCGCAGCCGUCACAGCCGCCCCCAUCGAGGCAGACCCCCUCGGCCACGGUCUCGCGCCAGCCACAGACGCAGCAGCAAGCACAGCAACAGCAAGGUCUUGGGGUGCAGCCCCCCCAGCAAGCCCCGGCGCAGGCUCGGCUGCAGCAGCAGGGCCAGCAAGCUGCCCGGGGCCCGGCCCCUGCCACUAGCCAGCCAGCGGGGAAGGCUCAGCCAGGCCCCACCACAGCCACGGGCCCCCAGCCAGCAGGACCGCCACGGGCAGAGCAGGUGAAUGGCGCUAAAGGGACAGCCAAGGCACCCCAACAGGGGAGGCCUCCUCAGGCCCAACCACCACCAGGACCUGGACCUGCAGGCAUGAAGGCCGGAGCCAGGCCUGGAGGGACCCCAGGGGCUCCUGCCGGCCAGCCAGGCACCGAGGGUGAGAGUGUGCUCUCCAAAAUCCUCCCUGGUGGGGCAGCAGAGCAGGCCGGCAAGCUGACAGAAGCUGUCUCUGCUUUUGGCAAAAAGUUCUCCUCAUUCUGGUGACCAUGCCCUGCAGGGCUCUUGAAGAGGUGAAGGGAGAUGAUAUCAUUGCUGUGGAAAAAUCUCUGGAGUCAGAGGCCUGGGCACAGCUCUGGACUCUGCGUAUAACACAUCCGCAAUCCGGCAAACCCUUCGCCCAAAGACUCACACCAGGUGGGACGUGGCAGGCAGGCCUCAGUUGAGGACGAGAUGUUUUCUAACAGCAGCUGCCUGGGUGAAGCAUUUGCUGGACAUGUUGGGACCACUGGCCCGGGGGACCUGUGAUUGUCUUUCCAGAGACCCUGCUCUCCUCAGGGCACCACCUUCGAGGCCUAGCCUUCGCUGGGAGGGAGGAGCCCUCUCCGGACACCCUACCACGGCGGCCCGGCCAGCCAGGCUUCCUAUGCGUUAUACACAGAGUUUGGGUGCGGGCUGCCUGUUUUUGACGGACGCUGCCCUCCCUCCACGAUGCCAGAAGUUUUUCCACAGCCUUGGAGAGGGGCUUUGACCGAGGGCUGGGGGCCCCGGGCUCCGUUUCCUUCACAUUCCAGCUGGCCCGGAUCCCUCUGUGGCCACAGGGCCCUGCUUCCCUCACCCUGCCCUCUGGGUGACAUUGGAGCAGACCUCCAUGUGGCUAGUGUGGGGUUGGGAGAACUUUACAAACAUUAGGACCUAACACUGUCUCAUCGCUGAAAUAAGAGGCCAUAGCACCGAAAAGCAGCGUGGGCACUGGCUGAGGCUUCUCCCAGCCCAUGGGUGGCAGCAUGAUAGCACGCCUGCCACCAUCUCAAAGCCAUCCCCCCGCCCCCACCGACCCCACCCCAGCCAUCGUGACAUCCCAGCAGCACCACCAUUGUCUCGACCAGCCAGCUCCUUGUUUGUACACCUGGGGAUUUCUUUUGAUUUCAAGAACAGCCUUAAUCAUUUCAGUUUAAUUUACAUGUAUACCUCAUAAGCAUUUUUCUUUUUUUUCUCCUUCUCCCCCUUCUCUCUUUUUCUUUGCACACCUCCUUGCCUCUCCCCUCCACCACCUGUGACUGAUGGUUUGGUUUCCUCUCUGCUCUGCCCCUGCUCAGCACAGGGAGAAUGUUGACUCAGAAGCAAUAGGGGGCAGCAGGCUACCAAGAGCACAACCCCAGGGCGAGGUCUAGGGAGGCCCCUCAGCCCGCCUCUGUUUACUGUGCAAUCCAGUCCUUCUUAAGCCAUCACCAGUGGGCGUGCUCAGAGCAGAGGGGCCAGGCCUGCCAGCUGAGGGCCGUGCCCAGAGCCCUGUGCUGGGGAGCAUGGCACCGUCCACCCACCUGGCGGACUGGGUGGCAUUCCUCCCCAAGGCCCUUACCCUGGGGGCCUCCCUUCCUCUUGGGCACCCCCACCAGUCUCAUCUCUAACGUUCUAUGCAAUGAAAUAUAAACCCUCAAAGACAACUGUUAAUAUUUAAUAAAUUCCAUGUUAUGUAUAAGGAGUCAAUUGCAAACAUGCAAUUGAGAAACCGGAUAGAUAUGCUCAUAUCAACCCCCACCCCGCCCCCUGCUCCCACCGUGUGUGUGAAAUUCUCAGUCUGUGGCAUGUUUGACCUGUGGCAAGACUCGCUGCUGCCAGGUGAGUCACCGUCGCCUGUCGGGCAGUGGAGCAUGCACAGCUCGCAGCCUUUUUGCACGAUUUCAUCCAUUUUAAAUGCUUGACCCUCUUGCUUGGGAGUUCUUUUUGCCUCAGAACCUCUCCUCCUGGAGUGCUUCUAGCUGACUUCUGCACAAGCUAGUGAGGACCUGCUGGAAUUGUUGGCCAGGCUGUGGGGCAAGCAGUGUGGGGCCUCACACGUCCCACGGGCUUUUCGAACCAGGAUGGCAGGUGAAAAGAAGCCUCUGGAGUAGACAUGCUGGUGGGGCCCACACAGGAGUGCGUGGGUGAACAGUCCAAAGGUUUGUUGUAGGAUUUCCAUCUGUGAGUUGCUCCCCCUCUUAUCCCAUCCCUGAGCCAGGGGUGUCUGGCCACCCCUUUCAGUGGGACAUGGCUCAGGCACAGAGCUGGGCUAUGUCUCUGGCCAGAGACACAGAGGCCAAGGGCAGGGUCUGGAUACGUCCUAGGGUCCCCAGCUGCUGAAUGCACAUGCUCCAUGCCUCUCCUUUGUAGCUGGGCGGCUCCAAGGUCUGUGAGCCAAGAGUUAGAGGCUGGGGUGGCGGGAGGUGGGGGGAGGGUCAACAGGUGCUCAGGAAGAACUAGACCUCUGGCACUUGUGGCGAGGACAGCUGACAACGCCAUCUUGGACCAGAGCAGGUGUUCCCAUAGACAGUAGCUUCAAGCUGAGUUUCUUGGGAAGCUUCUCAACAGCAAAACUCACAGAAGGUUCUGUUGUGACAUUUUUUCCAUCUGUCCCCAGGACCUAAACUCCCUGCCCACCCUUGUCCCUGAAACCCAGGUAUUCCCCCCCGCACCCCAGCUUCUCUCUGACUGAGCCGGCCGUGCAGCAGGCAGUGACUACCCGACCCCUCGAGGCCUGGCCUUACUCCAGUUUGCUCUGGUUUGCACCAUGCAUUUCUCAGGGGUCCACAUUUCUCAUGCUUUCCAGUAAGGUCUACACAGCCCUUCAGAGGGGGAUCCUGGCCCACCUCUGGCAGCUGUGGAUGGGACAAGGGGCUGUCGACCUGUUUUGGGCCUGUGACUUCCUGGAUUCGGGCCCAUUCCCCGGGACACCUGCCUCAUCCCAGAGAUCAGGCCUGGGCUGUAAGAACCCUUCUGAGCCAGGGCUAAGGAAGGCCACUGUCCAUCACCUCUGACUACCCAGGGCCAGGUCUAUGUGGGGAUGGGCCUGGUGGCUGGAUACAAGGGGGACCAAGGCAGUAAUCCUUCCCAUGAAAGGCCAGGGGAUGGGACCAGGAACAGCGAGCAGGCAGGGAGAAGGCAGCAGUGUCCACCUCCCUCAGGCCCAGUCUCAGGCUCUAAAACGUUGACUUUUUCUCGAAUUUCCUUUCUGACCAAGCCCUCUGAUUUUGAACUUUCUGACAUCUGCCACUCCCUACUCCCCAAGCUACCCACAGGACACAUCUGUAGCCAUCACCUCAUGUGAAGGUGGCUGGAGUAGGCCUCUCUGUGUCACAGGUGUCCUGACCUUUGUGCAGCUGCUGCCGUGACUCUGGGGCACGGCAGCCAGAGCCUGAGGGACCAGCACUGGGUGUCUUGGGUGGUGGAGAGCAUCAAGCACAUCUCCAAGUGGGCAAAGAGCAUCUGGGAUGCAGUCUAGGCCUUCUCCACACCUGCCUACCCAGCGUCAUGAGCAAGGGUUUCUGCUCACUCUAGGGCCCAAUACACUAACUUCACAGCGACAUCCCCCCUCCCACCCACUCACUUAGUCCUUGGGAAGAGAAUGCAGUCUCAGGGCCCAUGAUGAGAGGGCAGUGGUGGCAGUAACUGCGGCCUGUCUUCUGGAGCCCUUGGGGCGUUUUCCAGGCAGUUACUUUGCCAUGGGAGCAUGGCCCUGGCCUCUUGGCCCUUCCCCCGCCCUCCUGCCACCCUCCCCCAUUCUGUAAAUACUUGUCAUCGUGGACUCCGACAGGGUCAGAGGGAUAGGCCUGACCAACUGAAACUCCUCAGAGACAUCAUCUCUGUCUCCCUGGGUACCCACGUGCACUGGGGUGGCGCUGGAGAGCCAUGGAAAUCGUGAGAUACUGUGUGUGUAUGCAUGUGAACAAGCGUGUGAAUGUGUAUGUGUGUGCGUGUCUGCCUCAUUCAGCCUCUGGGAUCAAACUGGCUCCCGCUCUCCAAGCCCAGUGCCCUGGAGAGUGGCAGCUGCCCAACGCCUUUCCUCUGCUAGCUUCCAUGUCUUGUUUUGCUUUCUCCUCCCUUCCUCCCUCCCUUUCUUUCCUUCUCUCCUUUAUCUGAGGGGGGAAGAGUGCUGUACAAAGUCAAACAAACAAGUUUACAGUUGUAAGUGCAAUGACCCGAGUCCUCCACAUGACCUUGUGAAUUGUGUGCCGUCCUCCUGUGCUCUGUGAGAACUCGUGGUACUUCGGUGUCCCUCCCCCUGUAUUGUGACAAGGUAAUUCUGUGGUAUCAGAAUAAAAGGACUUGAUAUAAACAACCUAAAGACUGUCUCUGGGAUGGUU